AUGGGUUUCUCCUUCUCAAUGACAGACUUUUUUAAAACCCUGGACUAUCUUAGACGUAACCAGGUAGCUUUGCGAAAGUUCAUUACCUUAUGCUGGACAAUUUGGAAGGAAAGGAAUGUCAUGGUUUUCUCAAACACCAAAGUAUCCCCUUGUCGCUACUACUACCGAGCCCUUAACACCUUCAAAGAACGGGAGCUCAGGCUCCGGAUAGAUGAUCAACAAUUUAAAGGUUUCCCUUCUUCCCCUUCCUCUCCUCCUACCACCUCGCAACCCAUCCUUGUGAGGUGGUUUCCGCCCCCGCCGGGCGCCUUCAAACUCAAUUUCGACGGUUCACGUAAAGCUUCGUCAGCAGCUGGCGGCAUCAUCAUCAGAGACAGCACAGGGAAAGCAAUCAUUGCAAAAUCCUUCAAUUUUGGUGAUUCUCAAGUCUACAUGGCAGAAGUCCUUGCACUGCACAAGGGCAUUCAAGAGGCGAUCAACCUUGGCAUUAAAGAUAUUUACAUUGAGGGUGACAAUUUACUGGAUGUUAGGGCUGACACUGUUCUUCGUCAAAGGGGUUAUGCUCAGCUGGUUCCAUUUUUGAGGUCAUGCUGUCACACUUACAUAUUGGAGGACGCUGUUCUGCAUCGAUGGGGUUAUGCUCAGGUGGUUCCAUUUUUGAGGUGA